AAACGUCAAGUAAUUCAUCAAAAAUAUUUGGUAUCAUACCUUAUGUGAACCCAAAACGUUUAAAGGAUAGUUGUUACAAAUCAAAUAAAAUGUCUGAUGUCUAUAGCAUUGGAGUACUUUUAUGGCAAAUUUCAAAUGGAUAUAAACCAUAUUAUGGCUUAGAUUAUGAUUAA